UCUGCCCAAAAAAAGAAGAGGUGUUCAGUGGCAGUCCUGGCUGUGUGUAGGAUGAGCCUUUCCCUUUGGCAGUGCCAGCCAGUGAUGCCUUUUCUUCUUACCACUCUUUCUUCCCCAUGCCGGUACGGUCCUUCUUGAUUUCUCACUCCCUAACCCUUCUUUCCAUUUUCUCCUUCUGCCUCUUCAAUUAUUUCUCGCUUCCCCAAUGCCUCUUUCGACUGUUUCUUAGAACUUUCUACUGCCAUUGAUUUACUUCUUGUGGUUAGUAGGCUACUGUUCUUCACUGUUUGCUCUUUCAUUGGUCUACAUUCUUUAUUGUUUCGCUGAUUUAAGCCCCCCUUUCAAGCUUGAUUAUGUGCUUAUGAUGUGAAAUAUGAUGGUAAUGAUUCUUUUGACCAUUGAAAGAGAUCAGAUAAAGCAGAUAGAGAGAGAGAAAAAAUACUUAUUACAAGAGAGAGAACAGGAACAGAGUGAUUUCUACAAUAAAGCAAGUUUGUUGCUUGGAAACUGCUCGUGAGAGACUGCCCCGGGAGAGUUUUAUUCUUCUUUCACCCUCUUCACGUCUGUAAUGUCCACUGAAGGGUGUUUCGUUUUCUCAUUUGAGUGAUUUGAUUUUCUGGUUUUUCUCCAAAGCUGGUUUCUUUUUCUCUGAGGGGUUUCGAAAAUGGCAAUGUUUCAGCCUACUUGUAAGAGGGAUGGGAUCGAGGGUCAGAUUCUAGAUCUGGACACGGCGGUGAAAGAUGGGGUUUUGGGCGGCGUGGAUUCUGGGGUUGUGGGGACUGGGGUUGGUGAAAAACUGGAUCUUGGGAGAAUGAUUGAAGAGUUAGACUUGUCUGAAGUUCCCUCUGUGUUCAUUUGCCCAAUUUCCCUUGAGCCAAUGCAGGACCCUGUGACUCUUUGCACGGGUCAGACCUACGAGAGGUCCAACAUUCUCAAAUGGUUCAGUCUGGGACACUUCACUUGCCCCACCACAAUGCAAGAGCUCUGGGACGAUUCCAUCACACCAAACACCACUCUCUACCGUUUGAUAUCCACCUGGUUUUCUCAGAAGUACCUUGUGAUGAAGAAGAGAUCAGAAGACGUCCAUGGGAGGGUGUCGGAGCUUGUUGAGACUCUCAAGAAGGUGAAGGGGCAAGCUCGUGUUCUUGCCCUCAAGGAGCUCCAUCAAGUGGUGGCUGCUCAUGCCACUGCCCGCAAGGCAUUGGUCGAUGGCGAUGGAGUGUCCGUGGUGUCGGCGUUGCUUGGUCCUUUUACAUCCCAUGCGGUUGGCUCCGAGGUCAUUGGUGUGCUCGUGAGUUUGAACCUUGAUUGUGAGUCCAAGAGGAAUCUACUGCAGCCUGCAAGGGUUUCCCUGAUGGUGGACAUUUUAAAUGAGGGUUCAAUUGAGACGAAAAUCAAUUGCACGCGGCUGAUUGAGAUAUUGAUUGAAGGGAAGGAUUUCAAGUUGGAGAUUUUCAGGAGCCAUAGUCUUUUGGUUGGAUUGAUGAGGCUCGUUAAAGACAAGAGGCAUUCAAAUGGAAUCUGCCCUGGAUUGAGACUCCUCAGAACAGUGUGUUUGCAUUCAGAAGUUAAGAGUUUACUGGUAAGCAUUGGGGCUGUUUCUCAAUUGGUUGAGUUGUUGUCUGGUUUGGAGCCCGAAUGUUUGGAAUUGGCUCUUUCUGUCUUGGAUGCACUGGCUUCUGUUCCCGAAGGAAGAUUAGCUUUGAAGAACUGUUCUAAUACGAUACACGUUAUGGUGAAACUGUUGAUGCGGGUCUCAGAAAACUGUACUCAAUAUGCAUUAUCAAUACUGUGGUCUGUGUGCAAGCUGGCACCUGAGGAGUGCUCUUUGAUCGCUGUGGAAGCAGGACUUGCUGCAAAGCUUCUCCUUGUGAUCCAAAGCGGUUGCAAUCCUAUAUUGAAACAACAGUCGGCUGAGCUUUUGAAGUUGUGUAGUUUGAAUUAUUCAGAUACAAUCUUCAUUUCCAAGUGCAAACUUACUAGAACCAUUCAAUGACCAUGAGUAUUAACCUGGUUGUAUCAACAGUUUGUAAAUUUGUAGGGCAAGAGAAGCAGAGACCAGCUACUUCACAGACUACAGAGCGAAAGAACCCCAGAAGUUGGAAUGGGGAUAGUGGUGCGAAAUGCAAAUCUCCUGUAUAUAUACCUUUUGUGUUUUGAUUCGAACAAUUGAUAUUUGAAUGAAGGACAUCGACACAACUUGCUUAAGCGGGUUCACUUUUGUGUGUUCCUUCUUGUCCAAUGUUUUCUCAAUAAGCCCCAUCUAGAAGAUGCUGAAAAUUGUUUAUAUAACUUUUUGGGGGAUAUAGGGAUGAAAGAAAUCAUGCUGUUGUUGGAUAAAGAUUCUAUUAGGAGAGGGAUCACAUUCACAGCUGAUGUGGGGGGCUUGUAAUUUCAAUUGUCAUCAUUGAGGAGUUGUUUUGCUCCAUGGCUUCAUUGUAUUGUAUCUUUUUCCCCUUGGGGUUUAGGCCUCCAAUUUUCCGUUUAGAAGAAGAAUACUGGGGUUUUUGGUUUUGACAUUAAACAUGUAGAUGGAGAGUCCCUUCGGCUUUCAAUUUUCAUUUAAUCUGUACAAUGGAAAUAACCAUUCUUAUUAUGCACUGCA